AAGAGUAUUAUAAAAUAUAAGGAAAAAAAAUUGGUUCUAAAUCAAUGGAAGAAUGCGCACUGGAACGAGUGUCAUGAAAGCGAGCAUAAAAGUCAAGGACAAUAAGUUUAUUAUCGAGAAAUAGUUUUUUCUAAUUUUAUUUAAAGAAGAUUUUUCUAAUAUUUUAGGAAAAAGAGUAAUAGGAGAAAAGCGCGGGAUAGAUAAAAUUCAAUGUGUGCGGGGAAGUUGGGAAAGUGUGUGUGUGUGUGUGUGUGGUUCUCUGGACAGGAAUAUUGAAAACGGUGGUAGAUGGUGGGGAUAGUGUUCCGCCAUUUUGUUGGUGACGCGCAGUUCUGAGAUUCAAGAUUCACCAGUGACGAAGUGACUGGACUUUUGACGUGGCUGCUACGUACCUGCCCGUUUUGCCCACUCCGACAGCAAAGUUGGUGACGAGAAAUACGUAACUGGCUUCGCAAACGUUCUCGGGCUAUGGAAAGUAUGGUUGAAGAAAACGGCUCAGCUGUUGAUCAACUAUCGCAAGGAUCGCAUAGUGGCGAUGCAGCUCCAGUUAUUGCCACAUCGGUACAAUCUGUAAUACAACCCAAUCAACAGUCUGUAAUUCAGACAGCAACAAAUAUUCAACCUGUUGCCCUCUCCAAAGGCAAUGUUAUCCUCGUUAAACCCAACUCAGUCAUUCAAACGACAGGAGGUUUACAAACACUCCAGGUCGUUGAAACGGCGAGUGAUGAUAGCUAUUCAGACGAAGAAUCUCCGAAAAAAAGACGUGAUAUUCUCACGAGACGGCCGUCAUACAGGAAAAUUCUUAACGAUUUAGGAGGUGGAGAAAUAGCAGAGGGUCGUUUGCAUACUUUAGAAUCUUCGUCAGAGUGUGACUCGAAUGUGGACAGUGAAGUGUCUUCUCAUUCGCUCCAUUAUCAGACAGUCAUUCCUGCUGGUACGAUUCAAAUUGCCACCCAAGGAGAAGGUGUACCUGGACUUCACACUUUAACUAUGAGCAAUUCGGCGACAGCGGGAGGAACAAUUGUACAAUACGCACAAGGACAGGACACGCAAUUUUUCGUUCCAGCCUACACAGGACAUGGGGUUGUUGUUGAGGACGCAGCAAGAAAACGAGAAUUGAGGCUUCUUAAAAACAGAGAGGCAGCACGUGAAUGCAGAAGAAAAAAGAAGGAAUAUAUAAAGUGUCUAGAAAAUCGUGUCGCCGUUUUGGAGAAUAGAAACCAAACAUUGAUCGAUGAACUUAAAUCGUUGAAGGAACUCUAUCAGCAGAAAAGUGACUGAGGUUGGUGUUUUAUCCUAAAAUACUGUAUCAGAUUCGUUAACUAAUAAUCGUGUACAUGUGCUAAUCAUGUACAUGACAAUGAAUGUUGUUUUGAAAAGAAAACAACAGUGAUGUACAUGCAUUCUUAUACAUAAGUGUUAAUGUAACAUAUUGUAUUUAUGUACGACCAUGAAGGCUUGUGAAACUUGCUCUUACUAAAGCGAGAAGCCAAAGUUUAUGAACAUGUCGCAGACAUUUAUAAAUGCAAACUGGGAGGGCAAUUUUUUUUUUUUAGUAAAGACAUUUACCAAUCGCCACAGAAGAUAAAAGAAAAAAAUAUAUAUGUAUCACCAGUGACAUUAGCAAAAUGUGUACAGUUCAAUUACGUCAAAAAAAAAAGAAAUUACUUUGUCACUUGAAAAAUUUUUAGAAACUAAGAGGAAAAUUUUUUAUUUGAAUUUAAAGGUACUUUCUGUACAACGAGUCAUAGUCAUUUUUUUAAAAUAAUAAUAAUGGAGUAAGAAAUCUUCUCUUGAAAAUAAUUGACAGUGUUGUCGAUAUUCAUUUAUUGUCUUAAUUGUGCUAAUCGCUUCAUUAAUAUCUGAUUCUUUUUAUUCAACAUUAUUAUAAUAAUCACAGUAAAAAUGUUUCAGUUCUUUUUUCUUCAAUUUAACAUAAAUAUUUAUGGUCGCUGAAUAUUAGUGAUAUUGUUCUCUAGGGUAAAAAUCUUAAGUGUGUAUAAAUAGGUUACCAUAUUCUCGUAUAGAGCACUAAAAAAAUCAUUCUCAGUUUCGAAUGUUUGAAUGAAAGAAAUUUUUUCAUUUUUUACACGAGUUUCAUUUUUUUCCAUAGAAUUUUUAGUUUUUUGAAUAAAAUAUGUGUUAAAGAGAUUUAAAUUAAAAUUGAAAAUUUUUUGAAACAAAUUUGAAAACAAGGAAAAAGAAUCAUUCUUGUUGAAGGGAAAGAAAAGCUCUAUUAAAUGGUAGCCAGUCAUUUGUAAAAUAUAGCUGUAAUAUAAAUCUGGAGUGCCUUGCAAAUUGCAUAUAAAUAUAUAUAUAUAAAAAAAAUAUAUAAUAUAACAAUGAACUUUAUAGUAGUUUAUGGUUAUGAGAAAAUAUUUUUAAACUUUAUUUAUCACAACAACACUUUCAAGUCUCGCGUGUAUUAUUUGUUCGAUUGUUUUUAAAAAAAAUGAAGGAGAAAUUUUGAACCAUUUUUAUUAAUUUUUAAUAAAAAAAAUCAAGUGGUAGCAUUGAAAACAUUCACAAUGUUAAACUUAGUUGUUGCACAUAAAUGUAUAUGUAUCGAAAAUUAGAAAAUUUAAGAUAUAAUUUUUGUUAAUGAAAGGAAAAAUGUUGAAUAUAAAUAAGAUGUGUUGUCCUACAAUAUGAGACCUGACAGUCAUAUUUAAUUAUCAGAAAAAGUUUAUAUUAUAUUUAUGAAAAAAAAGUUUUGCGGCCAAAUGGAAUUAAAUAAAAUAGAAUGUUAAUUUUAUUAUUAAAAAAGGAAAUUUUAUUCCCAGAUAGUGUAAAUUUUAUACACCAGAAAAAAAUUGUACUUUAGAGUAAAUUUAAAAAAAACUGGUAGUUGUAGUUACUGUCAGAUCUUAUAAUUCCCAGUGUAGUACUCUACAAUGUCUUGCAAAAAAUUGUUUCUUUUUUUAUUUAUUUUGUAUUAGUUUAAGAAAAACGACCAUUUGAUUCUUAAAACAAUUCUUUUUUAACUUAUAAGAAAGGUACCUGAGAAGCAAACGAAUUGUUUCUACUAGAUUUAUCGUAACUAAAAACAUCCUUUUAAUUAAAUUAAAAACCAGUUUUUAUUAAAUGUUUAAUGACAUAAUAAUUUUUAAUCAUAAUCGAUUUCUCCUUCUGUAGUUUUACUCUAAAAAUUAAACAAACCAUAAAAUUCUUUGCUCUUAGGACCUUUUUUUAAAAGCGCAUCGAGCGCGUCACUUACAUUUGAAAUAACAUUAUUCUGAAACUUAAAUUUGAAUUGUUUAUACAAAAUUUGUUGGUUUCGAUUUUCAAAGUUAACUUUUAAGUUUCAGUGAGUUUUUUUAUUGAAAAAAAAAGAAAAGAAAAGAGAUAAGAACACAAAAUGUGUGUUAAGAGCAUCGAUAAAUGUUAACUAUGUGUAACAAGAUAAUUUAUAAAGAAUCGUUGCAAAGAAAUGCGAAACAUUAAAGAUCUUAAAUUUAUUUUUAACCUAUAAGAACAGGUGAAACCUUCUAAUGGUGAUCAUGGUCUUUUUAAAAAGAAAAAGAAAAAUCUUAAAAUGUAAUUAUAUGUAUAGUAUGUGUAUAUCUUGGUUGCUGCACCUGACAUUUAAUAGAGUAUUGUACAUAGAUAAUAUAUAUUAUAUAUAAAUCUAUAUAUAAAUAUAUAUAAAUGUAUUUUUACAUAUCAUUGGCCUUCUUGAGAAAUAUAGCUUAUAAAUCUAUUGACAA